AUGCAGCCAUUUCGCAUCAAGCUAUCCAACGAUGGGACUGUAACAGGCUUUCAUUCGAUCCCACCAGCAUCAGCACCACAUCUGCGUUACCGUCCUCUGAUCGUUGCGCUUCAUGGUGGAUGCUACGACAGCCAGUAUUUCAAGGGCAUCCCCGGUUACUCUGCCCAAUUGAGCAGCGAAGCCUUUAGGGUACCGUUUGUGGCGAUCGACCGUCCAUCGUACGGGGGCACAAGUUCGAUUCUUCCAGUCCCAGAAGGAACCAACUUCUACCAGGAGACCGGCCGCUGGUUGCAUCAAUACAUUCUGCCCCGGAUCUGGUCCAACUUCGGGGUACCUAACGACUGCAACUGCAUCGUCUUGCUCAGUCACAGUCUGGGAGUCAUGGGAGGUAUCAUUGCGGCGGCUCUUCACGCGCAGGAUGAUGCACCGCUGUAUCCCCUGGGCGGUUUCAUCGCCAGCGGCAUGGGCAAUACGCAGUCGCCAGCACUGAAAACCAGUAGCCCGCCAUUUGUGACCAUCGAGGCGGAUCACGUUCGCUUUCCCGCAGAGACGAAAGACGCAGUCAUGUUCAGACCAGGAACCGCGGCUGCAGAGGUUCUGGAACUCUGUGAGCGUCUGAAUGCGACUUCGCCCCUCGCAGACCUAGUCGAAUUUCCGACGACGUGGCUGCCAGUUUGGAAAGAGACAUGGGCAUCCCAGGUUCUGGUUCCGGUUAUGUUUGCGCUGGUCGAGGACGAUCCAUUUUUCAUCGCAGACGCAGGGGAGCUCGACACGUGCGUGCGGGCAUUUACGCGCAGUGUGCGUGUCGAUGGGAGUCUGGUUCGAGGCGCCCCGCAUUGCAUGGAGCUCGGCUACUGGUCCCAGGGAUGGUAUGCCCGGUGUUUUGGGUUUGCUAUGGAGUGUGCUGCAAGUAUGGCAACUCAUUGA